UCUUCCCCGCUGAGAAGAGGCUGCCAGAGCAACUCAGCUCCCACUACCGGCCACCCAUCCAUCGCUUCCAGCCCGACGGCAGCCCUCCCGGCCGACAGACCGACAACCCCGGAGACAAGACCACAGCCAGCCAGGCCCGUUCUGCACCCAUCUCCGCCCAAAGCCCCAUCGGCCCCCCGGACUCCGAUCAGACCGAUCGCCCUGCAGUCCGCCUCCCAUCAGCCUUCCGCUUCCCCACCAUGACAGCCACCGGCCCCGUCCGCUUCGCCCUAGUGCUCCUCCUAGCCCUCUGCAGCCAGCCGGCCACUAGCCAGGACUGCAGUGGGCAGUGCCAGUGCCCCGCCGGCCCGGCCCCGAGCUGCCCCGCCGGCGUGAGCCUCGUGCUGGACGGCUGCGGUUGCUGCCGCGUCUGCGCCAAGCAACUGGGCGAACUGUGCACGGAGCGCGACCCCUGCGAUCCACACAAGGGGCUCUUCUGCGACUUCGGCUCCCCAGCCAAUCGCAAGAUCGGCGUGUGCACCGCCAAAGAUGGGGCGCCCUGUGUCUUCGGUGGGACCGUGUACCGGAGUGGAGAGUCUUUCCAGAGCAGCUGCAAAUACCAAUGCACUUGCCUCGAUGGGGCGGUGGGAUGCGUGCCCCUGUGCAGCAUGGACGUUCGCCUGCCCAGCCCUGACUGCCCCUUCCCCAGAAGGGUCAAGCUGCCCGGAAAAUGCUGCGAGGAGUGGGUCUGUGAUGAACCCAAAGAACGCACUGUGGUUGGCCCAGCCCUGGCUGCCUACCGACUGGAAGACACAUUUGGCCCAGACCCAACGAUGAUGCGAGCCAACUGCCUGGUCCAGACGACGGAGUGGAGCGCCUGCUCCAAGACCUGUGGCAUGGGCAUCUCUACCCGCGUUACCAAUGACAACGCCUUCUGCAGACUGGAGAAGCAGAGCCGCCUCUGUAUGGUCAGGCCUUGUGAAGUUGACCUGGAGGAGAACAUUAAGAAGGGCAAGAAGUGCAUCCGUACCCCUAAGAUCUCCAAGCCUGUCAAGUUUGAGCUGUCAGGCUGCACCAGCGUGAAGAGCUACCGGGCCAAGUUCUGCGGAGUCUGCACAGAUGGUCGGUGCUGCACACCUCACAGAACCACCACCCUGCCUGUGGAGUUCAAGUGCCCUGAUGGUGAGACCAUGAAGAAGAACAUGAUGUUCAUCAAAACCUGUGCCUGCCAUUACAACUGCCCCGGAGACAACGAUAUCUUUGAGUCACUGUACUACAGGAAGAUGUAUGGAGACAUGGCAUAAAGCCAGAGUGUGAGAGACAUUAAUUCUUUAGACUGUAACUUGAACGGAUUCACAUCUCAUGUUUCUGUAAAAAAAGAAAA